AUGUCCCUCUCUUUAUCCAAUUCAAUUGUACUAGUGUUAGGAUUCUACUUGUUCAGCUUUUCAAUUGCCAAUGGCAAUAAAUUUUCGCAUGAAAAUCCUGCUGCCCCUUCUUGUCCAUUAAACUUUAAUGUUCUUCGAAAACUGGUCAAAGAAAAUGGUGCGCCUCGUGCAUUUAUUGAUGUUCAGAGACAAUGUCAGUAUGUUCUUGAAGCAAUCCGUCUGAUUAGGUCAGUGUAUCUUCAAACACACGGUUACUUUCUGCCCCCUUCAGAGUCUUCUGAGGCUUGUUGGGGUUCAUACAGGAGCUUAAUUAUGGAACUUGUACAAGAUUUUGACAUCAAAUCUUCGUGUGGUUAUCAUCUUGAAUGGAUUGCUCAAGGUUGUAUGAAUGUUACUUCUCGAUCACAGUUUGAAAGAUUAAUCCCAGAAUCCAACUUGGAGGAGGUUUGGCACAAUUGUAAUCAGUCACUUGAAAAUAGUUCUCAGUGUGCAUUGUGUACUAAUAGCUUGUCAAGUCUCCGUGCCUACCUUCAUGAGCCUGAAAAUGGGAAUUUCUCGGAUUGUUUUGGCUAUCCAUCUAUAUAUGCUGCUGCUUUCAUUAAUCAGUUUGGACCAACUGAUUUUGCAACCAUGAAGUGUUUGUUUUCGCUUCAAUUUUCAUCAGGGGCUCCCAACAAGAAGCGACACACUAUUGCACUUUUUGGGGCUGUAUUAGGCUGUGUUAUUGGGUUUUUAGGGGCUACUAUUGCAGUUAUGUUUAUUGGAUCUCGCACAAGAAAUAGGAGAGAGAAGAAGACUCUCUCUAAAAUUGAAGAUGGUUUUGUUGCCCAGUUUGGAUCAAUUAGGGGAAGUACCAAUCUGGUUAGAUAUAAUUUUGAAGAAAUCAGAAGUGCUACAAUGAACUUCUCAAGGAAGCAUAUAAUAGGCAAAGGUGGAUAUGGGAAUGUCUACAAGGGGAUACUACAAGACGGAUCUGAAGUUGCUGUGAAAAGGUUCAAGAACUGCUCUGUGUCCGGGGAUGCAACUUUUGCACACGAAAUAGAGGUCAUUGCGAGUGUCAAACAUAUCAAUCUUGUUGGUUUAAGAGGCUAUUGCACCGCGACAGUUCCUCUAGAAGGCCACCAGAGAAUGAUUGUUUGUGAUUUGAUGCACAACGGAAGCCUUCAUGAUCAUCUUUUUGGAUCAGAGAUGAAGAAGCUUAGUUGGCCAAUUCGUCAGAAGAUUGCGCUGGGAACAGCGCGCGGGUUGGCCUAUUUACAUAAUGGGGCACUGCCAGCUAUCAUCCACAGGGAUAUCAAAUCUAGUAACAUACUUUUGGAUGAGUCAUUUGAGCCAAAAGUGGCGGACUUUGGCCUGGCAAAGUUCAAUCCAAUGGGGAUGACACAUUUGAGCACAAGGGUGGCUGGGACUCUCGGCUAUGUUGCCCCAGAGUAUGCUUUGUAUGGGAAGUUAACGGAAGGAAGUGAUGUUUAUAGCUUUGGGGUUGUUCUGCUUGAGCUUUUGAGUGGGAAAAAAGCUUUACUUUCUAUAUCUGAGGGGAAAACUACUCUCUUGACGGAUUGGGCAUGGUCGUUGGUGAGCAGAGGGAGGGCGUUGGAUGUUAUUGAAGAAAAUAUGCCUGAAAUGGGAUUGCCACGAGCAAUGGAGCAGUAUGUUCUUGUUGCUGUUCUUUGUUGUCAUCCAGAGUUAGAUGUUAGGCCAAGUAUGGAUCAAAUUGUGAAGCUGUUGGACAAAGAUUACCGAUAGUGAAUGAAUGGUGAGCAGUACUAUCUUGUGCUAUAUAAUUACUUCUUUAUCAGUGGCAAUUUGACUUCAAGUUCAGAGUUAAUAUCCCAUUUGUAGCCAAAAAUAAGAAUUAGGAAGCUGAAGAACACUUGUAAAUGUUGUUACACAUGAACCAAUUACUUCUCCCUCUUGUAUGCUGAGUCUAUACUGCUUAUUAGUUUUAAAUUUUCUUGGCCUCCAAUGUAUAAUGUAAA